UCUGCUAUUAAAUAGACCUUUGUUUUAAUAUACACUAUGAUUUUAUGUACAACCGUCCAAGGUUGUUUUUUAUAUUAUGCUUUAUUAUACAUACCAUGAAUAUAUUCAUGUUAUAGAGAGGACAAAGGAACACCAUGGCCGAUCCUCCCAAGGUGACUGAAGAGCUAAGGAUGGUGCUUCUGGGUCGGACUGAUGUUGGAAAGAGUGCAACAGCCAAUGGAAUAUUAGGAAGUGAGAUUUUCAAAGAGACUGAAACUAUGAAAUGUGAGAUAGCGAGAGGGACAGUGGCCGGCAGAAACAUUUCAGUGAUCGACACUCCAGGAAUGAACAAUACAUCACUGUCUACAGAAGAACUGAAGAGUGAAAUGAAGAGAUGUGUCUCUCUGUCUUUUCCUGGACCUCAUGUAUUCCUGCUGGUGAUCAGACUGGAGAUGUUCACUGAGGAAGAGAAGAACGCUGUGAAGUGGAUUCAGCAACACUUUGGAAAAGGAGCUCUGAAGUUCACUAUGGUGCUCUUCACUGGAAGAGAAAAAAUAACAAAGGACAAAUGGUUGAAAUUUUCACAGGGUGAACAGAUCUGUGAUUUUUUGAGUAACUUUGGAGCUGGGCAUUUUGCAAUAAACAGAAAGGAAGAAAUAAAUCCUUCUCAGAUCACUAAGCUGGUGGACAAGAUCCAGAGCACUGUUCAGCAAAACAUGGGUCAGUACUACACUCAUGAAAUGGAAGAAGCUGCCCAGAGAAAGAAAAUAAUAGAAAAUGAGAUGAAAGAGAAGAAAAGUGAAGAGGUGGAAAAAUUAGAGACACAGGAAAGAGGGAGACAAAAACAGCUAGAAAGAUUGGAGGUAAAAAGAGUGGCUGUGGAGGACGAGAGCAGACCAAACAAAGAUGAAUCAGGAAAAGAAGAAGCAUAUAAACAUGUGCUAGAUGAUAGAGCUCUAAGCAAAGGAGAGAAUCUGGAAACUGUAAAGAGGGGACAAACUGUGGACAUCGUAUCACAGGAUGAAGCAGUAAGGACUGAGGAUUACAAGGGGGGGAAACAACUAGAGAAAGACAGAGGCAGAAGGACACAGAGGAAACUGGUUAAGCACAUAUAUGAGAGAAGAAUGUUGGAGGCCAAAUAUAUUCAAUCCAUGAAAAAUUUUAAACGAAAAGAGAAGAAUCUGAGGGAAAAGACAAAGAAACAAAGCAAGAAGACAAGAGCUGCAGAAGGAAUUACAUCUGAUUCAGAGUUUGUUCCUGCAUCAGAACUCGGGCUGGGGAGGACUGGAUGUGAGAAGAGAGCAGCAGGAAACACCAUCCUGGGCAGAGAGGAGAGG